CUUGUAGACACACAGCGUUUGCCCAAUGUAGCUUGCAACACCCAUUCGCCCGAGUGGACUGGGCGCUGCGUCGGCGCGCGGUGGUCGGUCGCGGGUUGUGGCCUGAAACGAUGGGUGUCAUCCAUGGCCGCGAAGUCGACAGCGUGACACGAGAAUUCGCCGGCAUCCUCUUGUUCCUGCGACGGUGCGGCCCAACCGCCGCAGCCUGUCUGUCCGCCACCCGCACUUUAUGGCGACCGCAACCACACCGUGGCCAGCGCCCAGCUGCGCUACAGUUUCCCCGGCCGGCACUCGGCCAACGGACCUAGCAUCGCAUAAUAUGGCCGCUGCAGCACAACAUGUGAUGUGACGACAAUCUUAUUACUAAGGCUGUCACCGUAUGGACCGUUUACGGGGGUCUUACGUAAGUGUGCAAUUCAGAAAGGGUGUUGGGUUUGGGUGGAGUGGUGUGGGACGAUGUCGCCGCCGUGGCAUGCCUGAGCCGGGGCAGCUUUGUCUCGUGCGUUUUGGUGGCGGCGGCGCGCACGGACUCUUGUGAACGGCGCCAGCACCGGAAGGCUGGAUCCAUUGUGGCUGUGUCGGCGGCACUUGUGACAAAGUGGCGCGUGGCUGGCAGAGGGUCUGUGUGCCCCGGUCUGGGCUGUCGAUUCAUCGAUGCCAAAGCUAUUGUGCCUGUACUAAACGAAUUGAGCACCGACCCGGGAAAAGACGACGCAGUGGAGGAUUGGCGUUGUCCCGUUCGCAUGAUUUCCUGUCUCCACCCCAAUGCAGUUUCUGCAUACUACUCAUGCGUCAACUUGUGGUGCCGAGGGGGCGCCCUUUGGAGACUGUGGCACAAUAGCUUGGCAGAUGCCGUGUACAAUACAUAAAGCUACUAUUCUAUUUGCAUUGAAAGUUUGACAAUGGCAGAAGUGGCGCUGCACCUGAAUGCCACCAAACUCAACAAAACAGAAAACGGCUGAGACAAAUGAGAAAGACGACACUUGCAAGGAUGCUAGUUUUUGCUAUUGGUACGGUUGGGGGACACAUACAGAGGUCCUGUGUAAGGAGGGCACAGCUCUGUCUGUAUGCGUGUGCGCGUGUAUGCAUGGUGUUUCUUUUUGGCUGUUGCAGUGUAGUGCUGAUGCAAGCACAUGCACAUUGUUUUACAUAGCAUUUCUUCUUGGUGAAUGCACGUGGUGUAUGCAAGCAAGGUAUAUGUAGCCACGCCUUAGCUUACUUCGAGACUUGGGUUGCUGCUGUGUUUUGCGCCUUAGGUGCAUGCACCGUGUUUGGGCUUCGUUAGCAGCACAAGCGGAUGCAGCACUACACCCAGUCAGGGUGCACUAGUGGGUGUUACGGACAGGGGACUCCCAAUGGUUACGGAUGCAGAUCGGGAUACACUCCUUUGCGUAAGCCUCGUAAGUGCUUCUCCCCGGUGUGAUUUAGGGCAUGGGGUGCCACACGGGGUUACGGUGGCGGUGGCAGUGGCAGUGGGAUGGGCGUGCGGUGGUUGCUCUACCUCACACCGAUGACGCCAGGUGUUGGUGUAGGGUGGCUGACAUGAAUAAACGCAUAGGAGGUAGGAAGAGACUCCAUACUAUGAUACUAAGAGUACGACCUCGGUAUUAGCAUGUAAAGGGACUUCCCA